AUGGCCCCGACUUCAGACCCCUCACACUCUUUCCAGAAGCUCAGACUCGACACCUCGACGCCGCGCAAGCCCGUCGCCUCGACCUUUGCCUCUUUCGCGCCCCUCUCCCGCAAAGACUCGCCCCACGCCGGCCAUGGCCCAUCGCAGCUGACUGCCGAGUUUGAGGCUGCUCAGGACGCAAACUCAUCCUCCCAUGGCGCCUACCCCGCUGACCACCAGGGCGACUUCGGCCAUGUCGGCUCCCUCGCCGUAGGCAGCAGCGGAAGUGGCAGCGACGAUGACUACCUGGCCCGCUUCCGCCAGCGCAAGACGAGUAUCAGCUUCAAUGACGAGGUCCGCCUUGACUCUGGCGAAGGCGUCGGCCUGGGCGUGCCAGUCCCCAAGAGUGCACGCCAGUCGCGCCACCCUGAAAACGGAAGCUACUCUGAUGAGCAGGACUAUCUCGAGCUGCCUUAUUCGGCACGCAGAGGCAUGCAGUACCGCGUCGGAGGCUCUCGAUUUCCCCUUGCCCAGGCCCCCAUUGACGGUCUGGCACGAGACAACGAGUACCCCGACCAGGUUGCAUCGCUGACGUCGGAUGCUACGGCCUCACCACCACUUGACGAAGCACAAACGCCGCUGGAGACCCCGUCCGACUAUGUGCUUUCGCCAAUGCAGGCCACCUCACCCUUGGAGUUUCCGCUCUUCUCGCCUUCCCCACGGCGCAUUGGCUUUCCUCGAAACAAGAGCUUCCGGUCUGAGAUUGGCGAGGAUGGAAGCAUCAGGCGUGCUAGUCGGCGAUCAUCCACCCGCUCUGGCCGCUCCCUGUCAUCCAUGUCACCGGCUGCUUCUUUCCUUGCGCGCUACAAGGCUUCCGAGGCACCCAUCAGACCACCCCAGCCGGAUGACGAGGGUCAGGGCAUUGGCUACGACAGCGAGUACAUUAUCGGAAAGCAAAUUGGCUACGGCGGCUUUAGCGUUGUCAAGGAGGUUACGAGCAUGGAGAAUGGCAAACCCGUUGUUGACGCGGUUAAGAUUGUGCACAAGACGCAGCAAAACAAGUCUGAGCUGGAGAAUGAGCAAAUUCAGACACAGUUUGACCACGAGGUGGAGAUUUGGCGCUUUCUACGGCAUCCUUAUAUCAUUCCCCUGCUGAGAGUGUACACGACCGACUAUGCUACAUUCUGCAUCACCAAGCUGAACAGGGGCGGAACGUUAUUUGAUCUGAUCCGGGAGACACGCAAGAAGAAGGCAAACGGGCUCCCAGCACACUUGGUCAAACGCUAUGCCUACCAGCUUGCAUCGGCCAUGCGUUACCUGCACAAUGACGUCCAGGUUGUGCAUCGUGACAUCAAGCUCGAAAACUGUCUCAUCGACAUGACUGUGCCCAAUGCUGAGAGCGAGGGCGGCGACGUCCUUUUGUGCGAUUUCGGCAUGGCCGACUUCAUCAUCAGCGACCAGCGAGAUGGACCAGAGCCGCAACCUCUUGAUGGAUCCGAGACCAGCACGUCGAUUGCUGGCAGCUUGCAGUAUGCUGCUCCCGAGCUCUUCAGCACAUCUGGGCCUGUCUUCUCUCCCGCGGCUGACAUGUGGGCAUUCGGUGUAGUAGUGUACGCUCUGCUCACCGCCACUCUGCCCUUCAACGACGGUCUUGACAUCAAGACCAUGGAGAAGAUUCAAAGCUGCCAAUGGGAUGAAGAGGCGAUUCGCAACUCGGAAGCCGCCCAAGAUGGCUGUAUCGAGGACGCGCUGGCCCUGGUCCGGGGUUGUCUUGAUAUUGACUGCGAGAGGCGCUGGAAUGUCCACGAUGUGUUGGACUGUGCUUGGCUUCGCGGCUGUGCAGAGCGCUUCGAGAACGUUCCCCGUCCAUGGGUUGCCCAGUCGUGA